UGACGCUUCACUAAAAAAUUUGGGUUAAAAUUUUCGAUUGUAUUUUCGGGUUCAUAAAUUGUGUUACAUAAUGGUGAAAGGUAAGGAAGACGAAAAACAAAAGAAACCACGCAAACCUUAUGAAGAAAUCGGCGCGAUAUUCAAUGGCAACGAGGUGAAGAUAAGGGUUCCAAAGAGCACUUCCAAGCCUCCAAAACUGACGCCUUCCCAGCUGAAGCUGCAGCAGCAGUGCACCUGCGACGAUGGAGCUUCAGUGUGCUCUGAGACAUGCGGGCUGCCCGGCGAGGAAGAUGGUGGCCCGGCAAACCAGCUGCACUUACAGAUCCCCGACGACAUUUGCGAGGCCCUCACCAACAGAACUGCUCUGAACUCAGAGCUGACCUACAGCAAGAAUGAAGCUCACGAGACGCUAUGUAACGUCUGCAACGUCACUCCAAACGACGCUCCCAAGGGAGUCCAGGCUCAAAAGGUCCUGCAUCCAGACAAAGAUGUCUUCAUUUUGAAGAUCGGGAAACAGACUGACGAGCCUAAUCGCACUGGAAAUAUUGAG